AUGCAAAAUCUUAUAGGUCCAUAUAAGACAGGUCCCUGUGCUGUUAGACCGUGUAACAGACAUAUUAGACCUAUCUAUAUCUUCAAGAGGACCUAUGGCUCCUCCUGGCCAAAGACAAAAGGGAAAACAUCCUAUCUGCCAGGACUCGUAUGCCAGACCCCACCUGAAGCCAACCGUGGUUUUUUACAUCUACUUUUAAGUCCUCGACCACCCAAAGGUUCUCUCCGCUUUAUGGCAAUCCAAUUCAAUCAGAAUAGCAACAAUGACGUGAAGGGUAGCUUCCUAGAAGCGACCGCGUCCGGUAGGGUUCGUCAUGAGCCGCAGGUGACACCAGACCGUCAUCAAGCUACUGCGCUGAAGAACAAACAUCUGCUUAAAAUUACUACCUGGAAUGCUAGAACAAUGAAUAUAGCUGGAAAGUUGGAAAACAUCAAAGAGGAAAUGAACAGAUUGUACAUCAAUAUCAUGGGCAUAUCUGAGAUGAGAUGGACAGGAGCGGGAGCUAUAUCAUCAGAAAACCAUAAGAUCAUAUACUCAGGAGGCGAACAGCACGAACGAGGAGUUGGCAUCAACGCAGACUCGAAAACAUCUAAGGCUUUACUAGGAUACUGGGCCGUUUCUGACCGCAUUCUGUUGGCAAGGUUUAAGGGGAGUCUUAUGGACAUCAGCAUAAUUCAAACAUAUACACCCACUACUAAGAGCAGUGACGAAGGCAUAGACAGAUUUUAUGCCCAGUUAGAUCAGGCAUACUCGCAGUGCAAAUCCCAGGAUAUAAUCAUUGUUAUGGGGAAUUUCAAUGCUAAAGUUGGUAACGAGAGGGUAGACAACAUCGUGGGUCCUCAUGGACUAGGAAGCCGAGCAGACUGUUACAGCGAUCAUGUUCCAGUGAUGGGCCGAUUUAGGGCCAAGAUGAGAACACUAAAGAAACCUACCCUAAGGGAACAACUAGAUAUAUCAUUACUCCAGAAAAAUAACACUAUAGAGGAGAAGUACGCUGUAGAGGUAAAGAACAGGUUCAGAGCUUUAGAGGAUCUUGAUUCCAUUGAGGAUCAUUGGAAGGGCUUGAAGGUUUCGAUCAUGGAUGCAGCAAACGAAGUGCUACCAAGGGUAGGAAGAACAAAGAGGAAAUGGAUGACAGAUGAAAUAUUGUUUCUUAUGGAGAGAAGGAGGGCUUCUAAGAACAACAAAGAAGCUUAUCACCAUCUAAACAAGCAGAUUACCAUCAAAUGCAAUGAAGCAAAAGAAGCUUGGCAUACUGAAAAAUGCAAAGAGGUUGAGAAACAUCAUAACUCUGAUUCAAGAGCCAUGCAUAAAAAGAUUCGUGAAAUUACCAACAAGAAGACUCAAUCAUCAUCAGGAUGUCUUAAAUCAAAGACGGGGGGUAUCAUCAUGGAACGUGACUAG